CUUUGACACAUUUAAUUACGAACGCGACCUUAAUCAUGGUUUUAUAGCUUUUUGGAUUUUCAUAAAAGAGAAAUUGAAAAUUGCAACUUUCAGUUUGGUUUCUGUUGUUGAUUAUAAUGUGUCUUGUUUUUCGAUUAACCUAAAUCUUCUUGUCAUUCGUUGCGGCUAGCGGAAAGUUUCCAGAAUUAUAUGUGAAAUCUACAAUGAUGUUAAGAUGGCAUCGUUCCAGGAGAUAUCAAAUUUUGCUCAUAUUCAUAUUGGUGCUCAGUAUCAUAUAUUACUUAAGACUUCAUGAUAAUCUUCACAGAGAAGAGAAUCUCGAUCUGACGCGACGAAAGACUGUGAUCGAAUACAUUGAGAAUAAAAUACAAGAGGCGUUAAAGGAGGACAAGGGUACAGGAUGUGAGAUACCGAAUUUGGAUCCUUUCGCCAAAGAAGUGACACAAUUUGACAAGGUAUUACCCAAAAUUGUUUGUCAAGGUCAAGAUUGGGUUAAAUGUUAUCAUUCAGAAUGUAAGGUAGUCAAGGAGAUUCUAGAAACAACGAUAGACAUAGAGUGUACAUAUAAUGAUAUUAUUCAUAUAAAUGAUAGUAAAUAUGUAAUUGGUGAAGAUAUUGUAGUAAAGGGAAGUAAUCCUUAUGUAUUAACAAGGAGUGACCAUGUCAAAGUUAAAUGUACUGGAAAUCAUAUAGACAGCAUAUUACCAUCAAAAUGGAAAGGCCACAGUAUAGGUUUCCGUUCCGCUGUCCACCCCAAAACUCCGCCAGAGGGCAGGGAGAAUACAUUAAACGUAUUAAUAUUAGGGUUCGAUUCCACUUCGCAUAAUGGCUUUAUCAGACGGAUGCCGAAGAGUUACAAGUUUUUACGAGACGAUUUAAAAGCAGUUAUAUUACAAGGUUACAAUAUCGUGGGUGACGGUACUCCGGCAGCUCUGUUCCCUAUCUUAAUUGGUAAGACGGAAUUGGAACUGCCUGAUGUUAGAAAAAAGAAGAUAAGCAACGAUACCUUAGACUCUAUGCCGUUUAUCUUCUAUAAGUUGAAAGAAGAUGGAUAUCGCACCGCGUAUCUAGAAGAUAUGCCGUGGAUAGGAACUUUUCAGUAUCGUUUCAAAGGUUUCAAUAAACAACCUGAUAUGGAAGAAUAUCAUGAAAGUAAAAGAUGGUGGAAUGUUGGGACUAAAAAAUAUUGUGUGGGAGACACGCCGCAGUAUAAACUUAUGCUAAAUAUCACCGAUCAAUUUCUAAAACUGGACGGUAAGAAGUUUUGUUUCACCUUCAUAGCGGACAUCACUCACGAUGACUUCAACAUGAUAUCUACAGCUGAUGAGGAUGUGCUGGAAUUCCUGCAAGGGUUCCAGCGAGCUGGUCACUUGGAGGACACAUUCCUCAUGGUGAUGGGAGACCACGGACCUAGAUACGCUUACGUCAGAGAUACAUUCCAAGGGAAAUUGGAAGAAAGAUUACCUCUAAUGGCUAUAGUUUUACCGGAAUCUCUGAAACGCGAGCGACCGGAGGUUGAGGAUGUGCUGCGAAAUAAUGUUAACGUUCUGUCCACCCCACACGAUAUACACGCGACUGUCCUGGACGCGCUGCACAUGAGACAGCACUGGAAUACGUACAAAGUGCCCGGAGCUGAUUAUACAAGGGGACUCACUUUGUUGGAACCGAUACCUAAGAAUAGGUCUUGUAGUGAGGCCGGCAUUGAGCCGCACUGGUGCGCCUGCUUCGCCUGGAGGAAUGUCUCUGAAGACGACCCGCUGUACCUCCGGACAGCUGACGCUUUACUUAAAUACAUUAAUUCCCUCACAGACGAGGUUAGAGAGAAAUGUGCUCCCCGAACACUGACGUCAGUGUCGUGGGUGCUACGACAGCGCGGCAACACUGGCAUGCUGACGUACAAGGCGGCGAGAGACGCUGACGGAUAUGUUGGCAACUUUGGAUCGCAAGUUAACAUACCUAAAGAAAACUACCAGGUUAAGAUAAUUGUGGGUCCAAGUAAGGGCGUGUACGAAGCCUCGAUAACUUACGUAACCGCGAUGAACGCCUUCGAAAUCAACUCACGUGAUAUAUCAAGAACUAAUGCUUAUAAUAACGAACCGAGCUGUAUUAGUGCAACGCAUCCCCAUCUCAAUAUGUAUUGUUACUGUAACGACUGACCUUGGCAUCCCAAGGUCACCUUUAAUGCGCCCAAGGUCGCCCACAACAGCAACAAGCUCGCUUCAGGCGCCAAGGUCACUUUUAACAGCCCCAAAGUCACGUUCAACGGACCCAAGGUCACCUUCAACAGCCCUAAGGUCACGUUAAACGGUCCCAAGGUCAUCUUUAACAGUCCCAAAGAUAUAUUUGACGGAAUCAAUGUCAGCUUUAACGACUCCAAGGAUGUUUUUGACAGGCCCAAGGU